UAACAACAAACAUAUUAUUGUAUUUAAGAAUGCUCAGUUAAUGUGUAGUUUACGUAUCACGAGUUAUGAUUCAUUCAAGGAGAAACGUUUCAAAUCACUUGUGCAAACUGAACAUGAAAACUGAUACGUUUUCAUUUCCAAUGAGAUUUUCAUCACGGUUUAACAUUUUAUUGUUAUUCUAAUGAGUUCACGGUACAAAUUUAUUCUUCUGCUGUUUUUGUUUGGAGGACGUUACUGUGAGACGGAUAUUGAUGAGUGUGCCUUGAUGCCGAAGAUAUGUCAUCACGGGGUCUGUGUUAAUAUACCGGGUUCCUAUCAAUGCUACUGUAAACCCGGCUACACCGGGGACAGCUGCGAGCAAGACAUCGACGAGUGUCUGUCGUCGCCGUGCAAGAACGGCGGUACCUGUCAGAAUCUGGAGAACAACUACGAAUGCGCCUGCGUCGAGGGAUUCGAAGGCAAGGACUGCUCCAGCAACAUCAACGAGUGCGCGUCGAACCCGUGCGCACUUGGCUCCACGUGCGUGGACGGAGUCGCCAGUUACUCGUGCGUGUGCCAGCCCGGACUCACCGGCCCGCGCUGUCUGACCGACAUCGACGACUGCGAGUCGGCGCCCUGCAAGAACGGCGGCCGGUGUGUGGACGGGCUGAACAGCUUCACGUGCGACUGCGCGGGCACCGGGUACAGCGGCGCCGCGUGCGAGAGCAACGUGGACGAGUGCGCGCCGCAGCCGUGCCGCAACGGAGCCAGCUGCAUCGACGACCUCAACGACUACCACUGUCUGUGCCAUGUCGGCUACGCGGGUAAGAACUGCGACAUCGACAUCGAGGAGUGUGAGAGCAGCCCGUGCCAGCACGAGGGCGUGUGUCUGGAGCGCAGCAACGCCAGCCUGUACCGCAGCCCCGAGGCGGCGCCCGAGCGAGUGGGCCCGCAGCCGCACAUGCUGCUGCCCCAGUACUUCUACCAGCCCUUCUCCGUCGAGGACGGCGCCGCGGCCGGCUACCUGUGCGUGUGCGUGGAGGGCACGAGCGGCGCUCGCUGCGAGAUCAACGUGGACGAGUGCGCCUCGUCGCCCUGCGGACACGGCAAGUGUGUGGACGGCAUCGGCGCCUACCGCUGCGAGUGCGCGCCCGGCUACGAGGGCGACCACUGCGAGAUCGAGAUCGACGAGUGUCUCAGGUACACGCCGUGCUCGCACGGCCGCUGCUUCGACGGGCGCGCGUCGUACGUGUGCGCGUGCGAGGCGGGCUGGGGCGGCCGCAACUGCUCCGUCCUGCUGACGGGAUGCCACGACCAGCCGUGUGCCAACCGCGGCACGUGCCUGCCCUGGCUGUUCCGGGAGACCGACCACCGGUUCAACUGCACCUGCGCGCCCGGCUUCUACGGACACACCUGCGAGCAGAUAACCACAAUGUCUCUGGAGAGGAGCAGCUACGUGGAGGUGAACACGUCGCGCGAGGAGGGCUACGACAUCUCGUUCCGUUUCAAGACGACGCUGGGCAGCGGGUUGCUGGCCAUGGGCCGCGGCCUCACCUACUUCUUCCUGGAGCUCUCCAACGGGCGCCUCAACCUGCACUCCAGCCUGCUCAACAAGUGGGAAGGAGUGUUCAUCGGAUCCAACCUGAAUGACAGCGAGUGGCAAAAGGUGUUCGUGACCAUCAACGCGUCGCACGUGGUGCUGUCGGCCAACGAGGAGCAGACCAUCUACCCCAUCAGCCAGAACGAGGCGUUCAACGCGAGCGUGACGUCGUUCCCGUCCACGCGGCUGGGCGCGCCCGGUUCCUCGUUCGCCACGCUCACACACGGGCCCAACUUCUUCGUGGGCUGCUUCCAGGAUGUCGUCGUCAACCAGCACUGGGUGAUACCGGAGGAGUCGAACACGACGACAGCGGAGUACAGCACGGAGCGCUCCGGGGACUGGAGCGAGGGCGAGGGGGAGGGCUCAGGCGAGGCGGCGGAGGGCGAGGAGGGCGGGGCGCGAGUGUCUGCGCGCGGCGUGUGGCGGGUGGGCGGGGCGCUGCCCGCUCUGCGGCGCCUGCGCACCGCGCGCGACCACCAGUACUGGACCACGCUGCGGUUCACAUUCGCCGACGGCCUCAUCAAAGGCGCCUUCGUGGACAGCGAGGGUCACGAGGAGGUCAGCCUCACGGACAGUAUCGACGUGGCGGCGUGGCAGCGGCUCGUGACGCGCGGAGACAUCGCGCUGGGCGGAGUCAGGCGAGCGACCGCCGCCACCCCCACCCCGCGCCCGCGCCCGCCCUCGCCCGCCGCGCUCAAGGCGGAGAACGCGACGGAUAGCCCGGUGUGGGAGUACACGGAGUUCGACGAGUUCGAGGACAGCUCCGCGUCGGCCGGCGAGCACUUCAAGGGCUGCCUGGGCGCCGUGCACGUGGGGUCGCUGCUGCUGCCCUACUUCACGGAGCAGGAGCUGUUCGUUGGCGCCGCCGCCGCGCUUCUGGCCGCGCAGCCACACUACGCGCUCAUCUCGGGGUCUCCAUGGGGCUGGCAGUCGGGCGUGGGGUGCGCCCUGUGCCUGGAGCAGGAGUGCGCCCACGGCGGCCACUGUCGGGACAUGCGCAACAGCUACACGUGUGACUGCCCGCCCGGCUUCCGGGGCGACCAGUGCGAGGUGGACAUCGACGAGUGCGAGCAGCACGAGUGUCAGAACGGAGCGACGUGCAUGGACGACCUGGCGCGCUACGUGUGCAUCUGCCCGCCCGGCUACGAGGGCACGCUGUGCGAACGUGACGUGGACGAGUGCGAGAGCGGACCGUGCCAGAACGGGGGCCAGUGUGUGAACGUGGCGGGCUCGUUCCACUGCGAGUGCUCGGCCGAGUGGGCUGGCCCGUGGUGCGGGCAGCCCGCCGCCACCAUGUGCCGGCACGAGCCGUGCGGCCCGCGCGCGCUGUGUGUGGACCUGCCAGAGGUGGCGGAUGGCGAGCGGUACCGCUGCGAUUGCCGCGCGGGCUACGCCGGACCGAAAUGUGAGCGCGCCUUCUGUGAGCUGGAGCCCUGCGUGCACGGUCGCUGUAACACUACUGCUGAGCCGCCGGAGUGUUCGUGCGAGGCAGGGUGGGGCGGCCGCACGUGCGAGCGCGCCGCGGUGGCGUGCCAGUGUGUGAACGGCGGGCGCUGCAACGGCGCCGCCGACGACCCGCGCUGCGACUGUCCUGACGGGUGGACGGGAGCGCGCUGCGAGCUGGACGUGGAUGAGUGCGCGGCCGAGGGCGUAGACUGCGGGCCCGGCCACUGCCGCAACCUGCCCGGCUCCUACGUGUGCGAGUGCUCAGCGGGGCUAUGCGGCGCCGGGUGUGCCCUGCGGGACCCCUGUGAGAACGGCACGGGGCCCUGCCGGGGGGGCGCGGCCUGCGAGCAGCGCUGUCGGGACCGCCCUGACUACGUGUGCCUGUGUCCGCCCGCGCGCGCCGGCAAGGACUGCGAACUGACGGUGCUGGAGGAGGGGGCUGGCGAGGCAGGCGGGUGGGGGGCGGGUGCAGCGGCGCUGGCGGCAGGAGGCGCGCUGCUGGCGGCGGCGCUGCUGGCGGCCGGUGCGGCGCUGCUGGCGGCGCAGGCGCGGCGCAAGCGAGCCACGCGCGGCACGUACUCGCCCUCCGGCCAGGAGUACUGCAACCCGCGCGCCGAGAUGAUGACGCACGCGCUCAAGCCGCCGCCCGAGGAGCGCCUCAUCUAG